AGUUUAUCUCUGGGUAAACUUCCAAAUGAGUGGAAACUCUCCAAUAUUGUUCCAAUCCCAAAGAAAGGUCCAGCUGAAGAUGUAUCAAACUAUCGACCAAUAUCUCUAUUGUCCCUGGUCUCCAAAGUCUUCGAACGUUGCGUCUACAACCAACUCGUAUCACACAUUUCCACUCAACUCCACCAUCUACAAUUCGGUUUCCUCAGAGGCAAGUCAACCACCUCACAGCUUCUGCACGUUCUCCAGGAUAUUCACCAAGCGUUGGAGAGUCGAAACCAAGUCGACGCUGUGUAUUUGGACUUUGCAAAAGCGUUUGACAAGGUUAGUCAUAAGCUUUUGUUGAUUAAACUUCACAAGUUUGGAAUAAGAGGUGACCUACUAAGUUGGUUUGAAAAUUAUCUCUCCGGCCGCUACCAGAGAGUCACUGUUCUGGGUGAGACCUCGGGUACACUCCCUGUACUGUCUGGAGUUCCUCAGGGAUCAAUCUUGGGGCCCCUCCUUUUCCUAGUAUAUGUGAACGAUCUUCCACAUUCCAUCUCGGGCGAAUCAACUGUGGCAAUGUUUGCCGAUGAUACCAAGUGCAACUGUCCGGUGAAAGAUUUACCCGAUUGCGAAAGUCUGCAGAAUGAUCUCAAUAAUCUCGUGAACUGGUGUACUAUCUGGAAGAUGGACUUAAAUAAGUCUAAAUGCGGAGUAAUGAGCUUCACAAGAAGUCGCCAACCAGUCACAACAAAUUAUAAACUACUGGAUAGUUCUCUGAGGCAACUAUGUCAUCAAAAAGACCUUGGGAUUGUUGUCACAAAAGAUCUCAAGUGGACGAAACAGGUUGAGGAAAUAACAUCAAAAGCGAGCUCAAUGCUAGGCUUCAUUCGUCGAACAGCCUCCGACACGCAUAACAUCCACGUGCGAAAGGUGUUGUACCUGUCCUUAGUGCGCAGCAAGUUAGGAUAUGCCAGCCAG